CAGACAACGGCAACCAACGAGGGAACAGGCAUAAAAUGGACCGACACAAAAGCCUUGGAGGAUUUGGAUUUCGCCGAUGAUAUAUGUCUGAUUUCCCACAAACUGGAAGAUAUGCAAGUGAAAAGCAACAAAUUGGCAGAAGAAGCAGCAAAGAUAGGACUUCAAGUGAACAUAGACAAAACAGAGGUAAUGAAGAUUCCUGGCCAACAUCAACAGCAACAACCGACAACAAUCAGCAUAAAUGGGAGGAACCUGAAGGAAACAACUUCUUUCACCUACCUGGGAAGCAUCGUCUCAACUACAGGAGGAACUGACGAGGAUAUCAAAGCCAGAAUCGGAAAAGCAAGACAAGUUUUCAUUUCUCUCAAGUCUAUGUGGAGGUCAACAGCACUCAGCAUGAAAAUGAGAAUAAGAUCCGUAUUUUCAACUCCAAUGUGAAGUCAGUGCUACU